AUGUACACCGAAACCCCCUCCUCCCGCUUCCUCGUUUUGGCCCCUAUCCACAACGGCCCCCUCACAGCCGCCGAGGCUCAACACCCUCGUGAGCGCUCCAGCAGCCAGUCCUCCACGACCAGCAACGACUCCUCGCGCCGCCCGGGUCUCGCCCGCCUCCCCAGUGGCUUUCUGGGGUUGCCAGCUCGCUUGACCUGCCCGUUGACCCUGCUUGAGCCUCUUCUACAUGGAACGAAUCGCGCUGGACACGAAUCGCCUGAUGUUCUCAUUCUGUAA